ACACGCCCUCAGUUACUGCCGGUCUGGCCCGAGCCUUAGGUAACCUCUGUUCCGAGGCGGCAGUGGCCACAGCCAGCAGCGCACGCGGGCCUCAGCGGACCCCCGCCCGCAGCGCGGCCCAGUGCACGCCGGUCCCGCUGCCCGGCGCCAGCUGCCCACUCCGCAGUGGCGGCUCCGCUCUCGACCGCGCCGUUCCGUUCGGCGGCCCGUCAGCCAGCCGCCCGCCCAUGCUCUCAGCUACCAGGCGGGCUAGCCAGCUCUUCCACAUCCGCUUUCCCGUUUCGAGAAUGGGCGACUCCGCCUCUAAGAUCGCCAGCCCCCAGGAGGCCUUGCCGGGCCGGAAGGAGCCGAUCCCCGUUACGGCCAAACAUCAUGUCAAUGGCAAUAGAACAGUUGAACCUUUCCCAGAGGGAACACAGAUGGCUGUAUUUGGAAUGGGCUGUUUCUGGGGAGCUGAGAAGAAAUUCUGGACCAUGAAAGGAGUAUAUUCAACUCAAGUUGGUUAUGCAGGAGGCUACACUCCCAAUCCUACUUAUAAAGAAGUCUGUUCAGGAAAAACUGGCCACGCCGAAGUAGUCCGAGUGGUGUACCAGCCAGAACGCAUCAGCUUUGAGGAACUGCUCAAGGUCUUCUGGGAGAAUCAUGACCCGACCCAAGGCAUGCGCCAAGGCAAUGACCACGGCACUCAGUACCGCUCAGCCAUCUAUCCAGCCUCUACUGAGCACAUGGAGUUGGCCCUGAGGUCGAAAGAAGACUACCAGAAGCUAUUUCCAUCUGAGAUCAAGCUACAGGUUUAUGGCAUGUGUUCUUCUGAGUUCCAACGGAGACUUUGGGACACCAAGAACAUAUCUCUGACAUCAGCAAUUGGUGUGGAACAGCAUAAAGUCUACUUUGUCUGAUGUAAGUAUGGCUACAUUCACUUUCCUUUUGUUUUCCACUUGCAUGAAAUAUCUUUUUCCAUCCCUUUACAUUGAGCCUAGGUGGGUCUUUAGAGCUAAAAUGAGUUUCCUGUAGGCAGCAUGUAGUUGGGUCUUUUUUUUUUUUUAACCCUCCAGAAUAUUCUGUGCCUUUCUAUUGGUGAAUUCAAUUCAUUUAUAUUUAGAGUGACUAUUGAUAUGUAAAGACAUACUUCUGCCAUCAUAUCAUUUGUCUUCUAGUUGUUUUGUAUCUCCAUUGUUUCUUUUUCCCUCUUUUUCUGUCUACCUUUAUAAAGUGGUCAUUUUCCAUGGUGAUUUACUCAGUCUCCCCUUUUAUGUUUUGUGGCUCUACUCUAGGUUUUUAGUUUGUGGUUACCAUGUGGCUUACAUAAAACAUCUCAUAUAUAAAAUAGUCCUUUUUAUGCUGAUAGCAUCUAAUCUUCAUUUGCCUAUAAAAGUUCCACCCUAAUAUUGCCAUUUUACAGAUAAGGAAACAAAUACAGAGAUAUUUAGUAACUUAUUCUGAGACCACAUAACAAAUAUGUGAAGGAAAUGUAAUUAGUUGCUGUCAGUCUAACUUCAGAGCUCAUUAUGCUACAGGUCUGCUUGUGUUUAUAAUCUGGGAUGAAAAGGUCCUUCUAGCACAUCAAAUAAAAAUAUUGAUGAAUUUUUUACAUAAAUUUAAAUUUUUUACAUUUGGUCUAAAAUAGAGUUUUAAGAGUGUUAAAGAAUUAGGAGAAAAGAUUUAGCAGCACACAUAAGACACAAAGGGCUAAUGUCAUUAAAAUUAAAAAAGGUCCUGCAAACCAGUUUACCACACCCAUUCAAAUAGGAAAAAUAAGAAAGUUAUAAGAACAGGUAACUCUCAAAAGGAUAAAUGGAAAAUGUUACAACUAAGGAAAAUGCUACAAAUAAGGGGGUAAAGAUUGGUCUUGUGGCCAGAAACAUUUCAGAAAUACCAGAUUAAAUGAAAUUAAACUAUUUUCUUUACAGUGAGAUUUCUCCAAACCUUUAAUAUGUGAAUAUUCACUGUGACUCUACAGAAAAAGUAUGAAAUAGAGCAUUUCUAAAAUCUUAUCUAACCAUGAGGACUUUUUCUUUUUCUGUGCAGCUUCUAACAGGACACAGAUUUUAUGGAACAUACUUGAAAAUGCUGCAUUAAUUCAUUUGCUCCUAUAAUAGUCCUAUAACUUUUCCCACUUUAUGAGAUUGCAUAAUCUAAUACACGUAGUCUGAAUUAAUAAGGCCCUUAUUCCACCACAACUCUGCUACUUGUCCCAGAGUGUUGGGCCCAGAAAGAUCCUUAAUACAUUUACAAAGAAGGGAGUGAGACUGGAGAAGCAGAGGCAAUUGCUAAACUGUUGUUCCAAGUCCCUGUAUUUCCAGAACUCGGGUCCAGACCCUGGAGGAUCAUUUUAUUAUUUUUAUUUUUUUUUUUAAGAUUUUAUUUAUUUAUUUGAGAGAGGGAAUGAGAGACAGACAGCAGGAGAGGGAGGAGUGUCAGAGGGAGAAGCAGACUCCCUACCGAGCAGGGAGCCCGAUGUGGGACUCGAUCCCGGGACUUCAGGAUCAUGACCUGAGCUGAAGGCAGUCGCUUAACCAACUGAGCCACCCAGGCGCCCAUGGAGGAUCAUUUUAAAAGGCAUGUUCACUAGCCCAAAACAUCUACUUUGAUUAAUCAGUUGUGAUCUCUUCAUUUCCUGGGCCAUUUGCUCUAACUCAGCACCCCCUCAGGACUCUAAAUCAAAUCUACAGGAACCAGGUAAGAGGUUGAAGGCCUCUCUCCAUCCUCUGCUCUGGGUUAGCCUGGCACAGACCUGGAUCUUCCAGGGCAUGUCCCUUGAGCACCAUAAGCAGUGGAAUUAGAAGCUGGAGCAUCCUCUUUUCAUUCCAGUCCAGAAUUGCCCAACCUAUGCCUCUAGCCAAAGCUGAUAAAGUGCCAACUGCCACUGCUUCAGUUGGGGCCAUCACAAAUGCAUGGCAGAGCUGGUCUUAGGUGACAUCACAGUAAGCCCAGGGUUAGGGAGGAUACAGGGGAUGCAAGGCAGCCUGGCUUAAUGAGUCUGUGUGCCUAAUCCUUCCCUGUAUUCCCUCCACAGUGGGGAAUAAAGGGACACCGUCUUAAACAAACUUUUGUCUGCACAUUCCCUUCCCACUUUUGACUCUGAGCCUCUUGUGAAGCCAUGUAUUCUAUCAUGUGCUUUGGCAUCAAAAAGCUAUGGGUCUUUGGGUGAGUUUUCAUAUUUUUUAUCUCAAAGCCUGCUAUGACUUUUUAGAAGAUUGAACUUUAUUGUGAGGUUAAUGGGGAGAAUGGUAAAAUGAAAAUGGGUCAUAUAGUCACAUAUGCAUGAAAAGAUUACUCUGAGUGUUACACAGGGAUUAUUUUAGAGAGGAUUAACUAGAAAAGAGAAUAUAAUUUAGGAAGUUGCUCCAGAAAUGCAGAUGAAAGAUGAUGGUGGCCUAAGUAGUAAAGAGGUGGGUAUAUUAGUUUGCCAAGGCUACCAUAACAAUGUACCACAUACUGGGUGGCUUAAACAACAGAAAUUUCUCAGUUCUGGAGGCUGGGAAGUCCAAGAUCAAGGUGUCAACGGGGUUGGUUUCCUUCUGAGGGCCAUAAUGGAAGGAUCUGUUCCAGGCCUCUCUGGCUGGUGUGCAGAUGGUCAUCCUCUUGUUGCCUCUUCACUACGGUCUUCUCUCUGUGCACAUGCACUCCCGGUGUCUCUUCCUCUGUUUUUUAAAUUUAAUUUAAUUUUAGUUGCAGUAUAGUUAACAUACAAGUGUUAUAUUAGUUUCAGGUGUACAACAUAGUGACUCAACAAUUCCAUACAUCACCCAGUGCUCAUCUCAAGAGCACUCCUUAAUCUCCAUCACUUAUUUCACUUAUCCCCCCGCCCACCUCCCCUCUGGUAACCAUCUUCUUCUUUUUAUAAGAACACCAGUUAUAUUGGAUUAAGGCCUUAUUUUAACUUAAUCAUCUCUUUAAAGACCUUAUCUUCAAAUAUGAUUGCAUUCUGAGGUACUGGGGGCUGGGAUAUGAACAUAUGAAUUUUAAGAGGGACACAAUUCAUCCCAUAAUAGUUGAGUUACCAAGAAACAGAUGUAAUUGAGAGAUAACCAAAGAGGUUGAAUAUAAAAGUAAUGUGAUUGAUGAGCUAUAUAGGAUGAGCAGUCAGAUACAAGUACAGAUCUGAAAGUUUGGGGCGGAAGUAUAAAUUGGAAAGUUAUCAGCCUAUUUAAGUCAUGGGAAUGGAUAAGAUUGUUCAUUGAGAAGGUUUGGAGAGAGAAGCAAAGAAGGCCUAGGACUGAGCCCAGAAUAACUGCCAACAUUUAUGGUCCUAUAGAGGAAGCAGAGCUGGAAAUGGAAGCUAGCAAUUGCCAGAAGUACUGUAGGAAAAUAAGAGGGUGUUGGUGUGUAAAAUGGGACUAGAAUGUUCCAAAGAGGAGCAAUGUUUUCUAAUUAAAGAUAAUCCCUCCCCGUGUCCUCUGAACCUCUCAAUCCUCCCACAGCCUCGGCAAUAUAAUACUAUCAAUUACUUGCUCCCUCCCUAGUCCUCAUGCUCUUUUUCUCUUCCACAUCUUUCUCAUCAGCAUUUAAAUGUGCUUAAGUCAUCAAAUCUUCUAAAUAAACAAGUCUCAAAAGGCUCUCCCCCUACUCUGACUUACUCUUUAGCCACCACCCUAUCUCCUCUCAUUUAUAACUCUUUGUAAAGAAUUCAAAGAAUGACUGUAUAGAAGACUGAAUGAAGUGCUAACUGCUGACAAUAGCUGUUAUCUGUAAGUAAAGACUCCUGUUUUCUCCUCUGUUCUCGCAACAGUUCUGACAUCAGAUGUGUGGGUUUUUCCACACCAAGCACUUCUCCAACUCUUAGUGGACAUUGAAUGGUAGUCCUACAGUUUAACUCAAUUCUGACACUAACUACAUGGAGUAAGUGCGGACCCCACAGGUUAAGGGUUCAGUCCCACAAAAUUGCACCCACUUCAGAUGCCAAUCACAAAUCCAGGUUGUCACUUACACUUCUGACUGACCUGCUAUAAAUCAGGAGUUCCCACAACCCCUCCUCAGUUUCCAUGAUUUGCUAGAAGAGGUCAUAGAACUCAGUGAGCUUUACUCACUAUUUCUGAUUUAUUAUAAAGAAUACAACUCAGGGACAACCAAAUGGAAAAGAUACAUAGAAUAAGGUAUAGGGAAGGGACAAGGGACAUGGAGUUCUCUUGCCCUCUCUAGGUGCACCACCCUUCCAGCACCUUCAUGUGUGCAUCAACCCAUAUACUCUCUGAACCCCUUCAGUUAGGGUUUUUAUGUUGACUUCAUUAUGUAGGCUUGAUUGACUAAACCACUGGCCACUGGUGGUUAAUUCAGCCUCCAGCCCUUCUCUCCUUAGACAUCAGGUCUGGGGCUGGAAAUUCCAACCCUCUAGUCACAAAAUUGGUUCCCCAGGCAACCAGACCCCUAGCCCAAGGGUUUUUUCAAAAGUCACCUCAUUAACAUAAACUCAGAUGUGGUUGAAAAAGGCUUGUUACUGAUAACAGGAGACACUCCUUUCAUCUUUAUCACCUCAGAACUAUUUUAGGGCUCAGGACAAGAACCAUAUAUUAACACAUAAGAAAUUACAAAGAUUUUAAGGGCUCUGGCCAGGAAUCCAGAUGAAGACUACAAUAUAUGUUUCUUAUUAUAUCACAAGAUUACAAUAAUAUUCCCCAGUUACCUACAAGUCUCGCUAGCUACCUAUAAGGCUUCCCAGUUACCUGCAAGCCUUGCUCCCUUCUUCCUUCAGGUCUCUUCUGUCCCCUUGUCAGUUGGACCUCCCAAUCACUCUAUUAAAAACAGCACCUGCUAUCUUCUUUAACCUGCACUCACUAUACUCUUUCUCUACUUUAUUUUUCCAUAGCAUUUACUAUCAUCUAAUAAAGUCCAUAUCUUCAGGAUUUAUUUAACUUCUGUCUCUUCUACUAUAAUAAUCUUUGCGAGGGCAAGGACAUUUAUUAUUUAUUCCUAUAUCUCUAGUUUUUAGAAAAUUUCCUGGUACAUAUUAGGCACUUAAUAAAUAGUUGGAAUGAAUGAAUGAAUGCCUUGAGAAGAAAAGGCUGGCCUCCCCCUCAAGGUAGAGAUUGACGCGUGAAUGUUGGUGAGGUAUGCUCUGCCCUGAUGAGUUGUACUAUCUUGAGAAAGUCAAGGUUUAUGUUUCUUUUCCCCUCAUGAG